UUGUGCGGCCGAUCCGAGCGCGUGUGGAAGGCAGCCCGCGCCAGGGGCUGUCGGAGGGGAGGCUGCGGUCCUGUGUUGGGACGGGAGCGGGGCCUUUGCCGAGCGUCGCCGCCGCUGCUCCCGGCGGCACGUCUGGCGUGUUUCCGCGGAGCCGGGGCGAGUCUGGGUCAGCCCAGCUCGUGUCGGAGUAAUUUUUCGCCACGAAGGGGUCUUCCCCUUGGUUAGGAGAACUUGGGAAGCCGUGUCCUGGCUGCUCUCCCCAAAGCAGGGAACGAGAUCAGGGGUAACCGUGGAGGGGAGGACAUGGCCAUUUCACGCUUCGUGGUGGCUCUUCACGCGGCUCCCCCCGAGGCUUUUCUUCCGCGAAACCAGUCCUUUUCACAACUACUUUGAGUUACUGGCUGUGUGUGCCCUGAGGCUGCCCUGAUGUAUUCUAGAGUAGGCCGCAGCCUGAGCCCCAGGAAGGCAGGAAAACCGUGCCCCUUUCCGCAUGUCAUGUUGCCCAAGGACAUCGCCAAGCUCGUCCCCAAGACCCAUCUGAUGUCUGAAUCCGAAUGGAGGAACCUUGGUGUGCAGCAGAGUCAGGGAUGGGUCCAUUACAUGAUCCACGAACCAGAACCUCACAUCUUGUUGUUCCGACGGCCGCUGCCCAAGAAGCCAAAGAAAUGAAGCGGCUGCCGCUUCAGCCUCGAGCUCCGCACAGCUGCCCUCGCUUGCCGACAUCUUCCCGACAGCAUCAUUAUGUCGCCUUCUUGUUUCUUACUUUGAUAUUUAAAGGACGUUCGGUACACUGUUUGAAUGUGCUGCUGACCGCUUUGCUGGAGCAGAGCCGACAGCACCACGGCCCGGCCAGGGCAGCAAGCGGUCUUCAGGCUGCGGCCUCCGCUGAGCAUUACCCCAGAAACCAUGCUGAGCUGUGUACCCGGCGGCACACAUGUGGUGGACAGAGGCAGCGUCCGAGGGUGAGGCCGUGGCUGCCACAGGGAUUGUGUAAACUUGCUGUUUGGUUUUGGUUUUGUUUCCUGCCAGGUGUUACAUGAUGGUGGUUUGUUUCAAUGUAUUGGAAACUUUUCAUUUUAUUCAAGAAAUCUGUUCCAUGUUAAAAAGCCUUGAUUAAAGAAGAAGUUUUUAUAAUCUAA